AUGCGCAGACGCUCCUCGCAUUCCCGCACCCCGCUUCCUCCUCAGAAAAGAAACACACCUCCGCCGCCACGUCACCGAUCCGCGGCACCCCUCGUCCUCGCUCCCCUCCAUCGACCCCCCAUCCGACGGAUCGCACCCCGCAUCACGCGGAUCGCGGCCGCCCCCGGGCACAAAGCCAGCAGCUAUAAAUUCGCCUCGCCCCAGAAGCCUGCUCCAUCCACCUCAUCGCUCUACACCUCACAAAGACAGGUCAACCUCACCGAGGAGAAGAAAGGAGAAGCGAGAAGGAUGUCGGGGCGCGGCAAGGGAGGCAAGGGUCUGGGCAAGGGCGGCGCCAAGCGCCACCGGAAGGUCCUCCGCGACAACAUCCAGGGUAUCACCAAGCCGGCGAUCCGUCGUCUGGCGCGUCGGGGCGGCGUGAAGCGCAUCUCGGGGCUCAUCUACGAAGAGACCCGCGGCGUGCUCAAGAUCUUCCUCGAGAACGUCAUCCGCGACGCCGUCACCUACACCGAGCACGCCCGCCGCAAGACCGUCACCGCCAUGGACGUCGUCUACGCCCUCAAGCGCCAGGGACGCACCCUCUACGGAUUCGGAGGCUAG